UUACAUUCGUACAAGUUAGCUCAGCUUAAUGGUUAACUCCAUUCACCUGCCAACCUUGUGUGCAUGCAGCAAAUAGCUGUGUAUAUAAAGUCAAGAGGCCCUGGUCUCCUUACCGGAGGAAGACGUUCCAAAUUGCUUGAAAUUGAAUAAUUGAGACAAAAAUGCACACAAUUAAGCUGCUCCUUUUUGUUGUUCCUCUAGUAAUUUCGUCCAGAGUUGAUCCAGACCUUUCGCCAUUUGAUUCUGUACCAUCAGAGCCAAAAUCAAGAUUUGCUAUGUUGGAUGAUGUCAAAAUUUUAGCCAAUGGCCUCCUGCAGCUGGGUCACGGUCUUAAAGAUUUUGUCCAUAAGACAAAGGGACAAAUUAAUGACAUAUUUCAGAAGCUCAACAUAUUUGAUCAGUGUUUUUAUGACCUAUCACUUCAAACCAAUGAAAUCAAAGAAGAGGAAAAGGAGCUAAGAAGAACCACAUCUAAACUACAAGUUAAAAACGAAGAGGUGAAGAAUAUGUCACUCGAACUGAACUCAAAGCUUGAAAGUCUACUGGAGGAGAAGAUGGCGCUCCAACACAGAGUCAGGGCUUUGGAGGAACAGCUGACCAGCUUGACUCAGAACCCGCCUGGGGCUCGGGAGCACCCAGAGGUAACGUCACUUAAAAGUUUUGUAGAACAGCAAGAUAACAGCAUAAGAGAACUCCUCCAAAGUGUGGAAGAACAAUAUAAACAAUUAAGUCAACAGCACAUUCAGAUAAAAGAAAUAGAAAAUCAGCUCAGAAAGACUGGCAUUCAAGAACCCACUGAAAAUUCUCUUUAUUCUAAACCAAGAGCACCAAGAACUACUCCCCCUCUUCAUCUGAAGGAAGCAAAAAAUAUAGAACAAAAUGAUCUGCCUGCUGACUGCUCUGCCAUUUAUAACAGAGGUGAACAUACAAGUGGCGUGUAUACUAUUAGACCAAGCAGCUCUCAAGUGUUUAAUGUCUACUGUGACACCCAAUCAGGCACUCCACGGACAUUAAUUCAACACCGGAAAGACGGCUCUCAAAACUUCAACCAAACGUGGGAAAACUACGAAAAGGGUUUUGGGAGGCUUGAUGGAGAAUUCUGGUUGGGCCUAGAGAAGAUCUACGCUAUAGUUAAACAGUCUAACUACAUCUUACGACUGGAGCUACAAGACUGGAAGGACAGCAAGCACUAUGCUGAAUAUUCCUUUCAUCUGGGCAAUCAUGAAACCAACUACACGCUACAUGUGGCUGAGAUUGCUGCCAAUAUCCCUGAGGCCCUACCAGAACACAGAGACCUGAUGUUUUCUACAUGGGAUCACAGAGCAAAGGGACAGCUCUACUGUCCAGAAAGUUAUUCAGGUGGCUGGUGGUUCAGCGACGUGUGUGGAGAAAACAACCUAAAUGGUAAAUACAACAAACCCAGAGCCAAAUCCAAACCAGAGCGGAGAAGAGGGAUCUCCUGGAGGCCUCGGGGCGGAAAGCUCUACUCUAUCAAAUCAUCCAAAAUGAUGCUCCAGCCGACCACCUAAGGAAGCGUCAGCUUAACUGAGACAAAUUAAAAGACCAACACAUUAAAUAUUAAAAUCCGCCCACACACUGUAGUACAGCAAUCUGGUAUUAAAUCUUUAGUGGAAAGCUUGAGAAUUGAAUUUCAAUUAACUUUAAAGUCAUUGUUAAGAUCAGAUAUCAUUGCAUCAAUAUAACACAAUUUAUAUUUUCAAUCAAACUCCUACAGUAUCACUUGUUCAUGUUUAUGAUCUGGGAAUCCAUUUAAGAUGGCCCAAGUCACCUGGGAGUGGUGGUGCACGCUUUUAAUCCCAGGGUUCAGGAGGUAGAGGCAGGCAGAUCUCCGAGUCUGAGAGCAGUGUGCUUUACAGAGUCUGUUCCAGCACAGCCAGGGAUACACAGAGUAACCUUGCCACAAUAAAACAAAACACAAAAUGAAACCACAAAAGCAAACAAAACAAAAACCCAAAAUUACAAAAACCAUGAUUCCAAUAUAAAUUAUAAUGGGUAAGUUCUAAAUCAUUCUUAAAUUAAAAGCCUUAAAACUUCAACUAAAAAAAAGUUUACGGUAAACUUCAAAAAGUGGUAUUUUACAAUUCUCAAAUGCUAUAUUGCUAGUUUCAAAAUUAAGCCCAGACUAUUUAGAAUAUGCAUCCGUAACAGGAACUUUCAAAACUAUGCUUCAUUUUUCUACAGCACAGUCUAGAGUACGUGGUCUUAAAGGACAUCAAGUAAGAAAGCUGAGGGCAACUAUGUCUGUACCAGAUUGUGUGUCUGCCAACACAGGAGACCCAGGUUACUGUGCUGUGCUGAUUCUUCAGAAUCAAGACUAUGCUAAAGUAACUUAGUGUAUACUUAGCUAUCUAUACCUUGAACAUUGUAUACAUUUUAACACUUAAUACUAUGGCAUUUUAAGUGACUCUGUAAGAAUGCAGUAAGAAUGAGUGCCUUUGAAGCAUUAAAUGGAAGUCUAAUCAGAAUUUGUUAUCCCUGGGUAGGAUGUGGAUCUAAGAUUUUGUGUGUUUUUAAGUAGUCUUAAAAAUCAUAGUAUCUUCUCAAAUACUCUAAAGCAUAAUAGGCAUGUAUGUUUAAAAAUUCAUAGAUAAUACAAUAAACAUGAUUGCUUCUAAAAAGUAA